UUGGGUUUAUCAAAUAUGGAUAAACCCUGUUAUUUCAUGCAGUUAAGCAUAUUGUUUGGGGCAAGAACUAUAACUCUAGUAAUGUUAAUUCAAGGGCAAUAACUCUACACUUCCUGGUCUUGGAGCGUGCGCGUUAAGCUCUUCCUUUUAUAUUCAACUGUUCCCUGAGUCGGUCACAAAAAAUCAACUAGAGAAAUAAUCAAGUUUUAUCGUUUUAAUCGGCGAGUUUUAUUACUUUAUACCGGUAUAUUAUUACAAUAUCAUGCUGAGGGUAAGGAACCAAAGGGCAUCUAAGGCGAGAAGCCCAUACGCAGCCGUGCCAAAUGGAACAAAUACAGUUGCCUCGAGUAGUGUAUUGGCACGAGGUCGUCGCGGAAAUCGUCGAGGAGGUCAAGUGAGACAGCCCGUUCCUCCGACACAAGCGACUCCUCCAACACCUGCGGAUCCGACGACACCAGCGACACAGGCGUCAACUGAAGCAGGCCAGGGAAUGUCACGGAGCGGGAUGAUUCCUCACAACAUGCCGCCCAUAGUUAACCCCACCCUUGACGCACCAAGUGCGUUGUCGUCACAUGUUCCCAUGAAUCAAGUGGUCAAAAUUCCGACAGUUGGCUCCUACAGCAGACAAUUUUCCAUGUCAAAUUCCUGCUCCAUUUUGGGAGAUUAUUCAUCAACUAUAGAUCAACUGUUAGAAGCCAGUAUAUCUGAAAACUCAAAUUCAGUUUGGAUCAUUGGCUCAUCUAUUAUUCAUUGGGCACAGAAAUAUGCAGAGACCACAAAUCAGUUAAACCUUGGAUUAAACCACUUUACCAUUAAUUGGAAUGGUAGAAGGGAAAUGGUUUGGGGGUACUUGUAUACAACUGUGUCAAGUAUGUUAAUAGCUAAUAAACAACCAACUAUUUUGAUAAUUCACUGCGGUGGUAAUAAUAUUGGGGACCCUCAAAAUACCCUAAAAGGUAUUCAAAAAUUCAUGAAACUAACUUUAUCUCAAAUAGCAGACCUCUUGCCAAACACUCUCAUUGUAUGGUCACAUAUAUUACCUAGAAGUAAUUGGAGGCAGUCUUUAUCAACCAUUGAAGGUGAAAACUCUAGGCGUAGAAUAAAUAGUGCCAUUGCAACAUUUGUUUUGAAAAAGCUUAAUGGUGCAUCUAUCAAAUAUCCAGAUAUCCACAUAACUCAAAAGAGAUUAUUUAGAUUAGAUGGUGUGCAUUUGUCAGAUCUGAGUAACAAUAUAUACAUAAAUUCCCUGAAAAAUGCUAUUGUGCAGUUUGUGACAUCUUCCUCUCGCACCUAUCCUUAAAAUAUACUAGCUGAUAUAUCUCUUGCAAGUCAUGGUCCGUUUACUUAUCUAUCUUAUUAUAUAUCAUAUACAUAUAUCUGAAUCUAGAAUGUCCAAGUAUAGACAUUCUUAUGUAUCAUAUCUACAGGUGUCAUUGUUGUCAAAAUUGCCGCCUGGUAUUGGCGGAUGGUUCACGUGACAGUGUCCGUGAUCCAUUUGGCAUAAUUUUGAUUAGA